AUGGCUCAAGGAAUCUUCAACUCCACCUACUACGGCAAGGACUACCAGGCUGGUGCCGCGCUCCUGCGCGCCCGCCGUCCGUACCUCUUCAAGAACGCCGCCACUGGCUUCGGACUUUUCGCUUUCACGAUCGCAGUCUACACCUAUACUCUCAAGGCUGUCGGCCAAGAAGAGUUCUCCGACGUAAAGGUCCCCGAUGCCCCGGCCAAGAAAUAA